UUAAUGUUUUAGAAAGUUUAUUUUGCACUUAAUUUUAUAAAUCAAAUGUAGGAUAAUGGAGGAUAGCGAUGGAUAUGAAGAUGACUAUGAGGAUAAUUAUUAUGGAGGAUUCGAUGGCGGGGAUGAUUAUCAUGGAGGAUUCUAUGGUGGGGAUGAUUAUCAUGGAGGAUCUGUUUUCGAAGAAGAGUACAAUGGAAAAUCUGAUGUUCACGGGGGAUCUCACGUCGAUUAUGAUUUUUCUCCAUCAAGCAAAGGUUAUUCCGAGGUUAUGCCAAAUAUCUAUAGAGAAAGCUCAAAUGCAUAUGGAAAUGACAUAACUCUGAGGCAGUCCUAUAAUCAGCAAUGCACUAUAAGGAAUAACAUUGUGGAAAAGCAGACCGGUUCUUACGUGCGUACAACCAAGAGAGAUACUUGUUCUUCUGGCGAUGUAUUCAAGGAAAGGUCCACCGGAAGAAUUGGAUACAAGGAUGAGUACAAAACUACCACAACUGUCAAGGUUGGGGACAAAAGGGGCUAUUCUGAGUACCAGACGGAAGAGAAGUUCCGUAGGGUCGAUUACGGAAUUAGCAGUGCUGGUGGAAGCAGGGGAAAGAGUAGUUACUCCAGCAACAAGUAUUUAAAAUAGUUUCUAUUUUGAGUAUGUGUGCCUUAUAUGGUAUUCAGGAUAAGGAAGUAUCUAAAGUUAGGUAGUUUGUUAAGUUCUAUUGUAUAGUUAUGGGGAUCAAGUGUAGAACAAUUAGCUUUUUUUGGGGUUUGCCUUAUGUGUUUGUCUAAUGUUUUUCUGAAAUUUAGUUUUCUGCUAAUAGUCUAUUAACAGUUGCCUGUCAAUAAUUGUAUGGCUUUGUUAA